AUGGUGUCACGAGUGAACGAGGUAGCUAAAUCAGUCGGUUUGUCCAUAAACGCUGGGAAGACCAAAGUAUUCUCAAGCUGCAUCCCUGACCAGGAGGAGGCACCCCUGGGGAUUGAUGGCUGUCAACUUGAAGAAGUGGACAGUUUUAAAUACCUCGGGGCGAGGCUGCUGACUAAUGGACAGAGUAAGGACGACAUUGUCUCCCGAAUCGAUGCUGCCCGCUGGGUUUUUUCAAGCCUUCGGAAAUGCCUGUGGAACCGACGUGACCUUUCCAUCGCCACUAAGAUUCGCGUGUACCGUGCAUCUGUCCGGUCUGUCCUUCUCUACGGUUGUGAAUGCUGGGCUUCGCGCGUGGAGGAUGAGCGAAAACUGGAGGUAUUUGACCACCACUGCUUGAGGAUCAUCCUUCGAGUGAAGUUAACCGACUUCGUCUCAAAUGAGAUAGUCCGCGCUCGCCGCGAUAACAUCGCGAGGAUAACUCAGGCCAUACAAGAAAGAAGACUGAGGUGGUUCGGGCAUGUUCUUCGUCGUCCACCUGAGGAGCUCAGUGUUACUGCCCUCGAUCCGGCACCGUUGCCCCAUUGGAGGCGUCGAAGAGGGGGUCAGUUCAAAACCUGGCUUGACACUGUCCGUCAAGACAUGGAGGUGGUUCUUGGACCUUCGGUAUUCGGUCUCCGUCGUUGGCGAAGGGAAUGGGUUGAGCUGUCUAGAUCUGCUGCCGCGGAUCGUCACGCGUGGAGAGGUACAGUUCGGGACAUCAUCGAGGCCGGCUAG